AUAUAUAUAUAUAUGUAUAUAAUAUAUACAUAUAUUAUUCAAAUAAAUUCCUUAACGGAGUAAGAUAAUAAAUGUCUUCCCUUGAAACAACGAAACUUGGUGACAAUAUUACCAAAUUACCAAUAAAUAGUACGACGACUGUUGAAAAAUGUGAGAGUAGUUCACUAACGAAACGUGAGAUUGAUGCCGAAGACUCUGAAAUGAACUUGUUUCUCUCAGACGAGUCAAGUGGUAAUGACCAAGAAAUGGACGAAGCAAGCGGUGAAACAAGUGGUGAAACGAGUAAUGGUAGUAAUAGUAGUAACUCAAAAAAAAGUAACAGUUCCAUUUCUACUAUGGAAGCAUGGUUUAGAGAAUUUAAUCAAAAUACCAAAGAAUUGAAUAAGAAUAAUUUUGAUGAUGAUGAUAGCGAAACUCCAUAUUACGUAAAUUCUUAUAAAACUCAUCCUAAACAUCCUAAACAUCCCAAACUUGUGUCAAACCAACAGCCAUCUUUAAUAUCAAGACAUCAACAUUCUCAACGUACUGGACAUCAUGCGGUUUCUAAUCAUGGAAAUUUUCAUGAAAAAUGUGAAGAAUCUUCGGGAAGCGAUUCGUAUCGUUCUGUUAUUGAUGAUUUAACCUUGAAAAAUCAAAAAUUACGUCAAAAACUUCGAAAAUUAGAAAGGAUUCAUUCAAAGUCAUUACAUAAAGAAAAAUUAUUUGAAGUACGAUAUUAUCAAAUGCCAAGAGGAAAACGACAUGAGUUGGAAGAAUAUUUAAGACAAUUCGCUGCGCAAUUAUCAACACCCAACUCGAGUUCCACACAAAAUUCAACAAAUGUGAAUGAUUCUACAGAAAAUUCUUUAUCUCUUGAUACUUUAAGUAUUAAAGCAAGUGAUAAAUCAAAGAUGAAACAAGUUGUUAGGGCAAUCGAAAAUGUAUUUACUACAAAACCAUCAUUAGAUGAUCAUUAUCUCAAAGAUCAGGAAGAUGCGGAUCCCCAAGGAUACGUUUACUUGAAUCUUUUAACGAACAUGGCACAAUUACAUACAAUGAGUGUCACUUUACCUUUUGUUAAACAAGCUAUUCGAACGUUUUCAAACUGUUUAGAAUUGAAUGAAGAUGAUACAAAAGUUCGAUGGCGUACGGGUCUAGAUCAUAUUAAGCCUGAUCAAUUUAGUUUAAGUGGAGGAAGUAGUGAAAAUUUAUCAAGAAAUGGGGGUGUAAGCGAAAUUAGUAGUAGCACUGGUGAUAAACAAAGUGAUUCUUCACCAUCGAAUCCUUUGUCUGAAUCGAUUCAAAAUUAUUCUUUAGAUCAAAAAAAUUCUGCAAAUGCAUAUAUCACACCAUCAUCUUUAACUUCUUCUAAUACUAACAAUCAACAAGUUAAAUCAACCCCUCAAAUAACUCAUUAUCGGCCUGUAUUUCUUCACCGUAAUGCUAGUUCAUCAUCUUCAUCUUCGAAUGAAACUAAUAGUGAAAAUGAUCAACACGAUGGUCCCGUUAUUUACUAUGAAGGUGGUUUAUUUUGUACUGAUUUUAGUAGAGAUGUGAUAAUGGAUGAUGAUGAUAAACCAACAACUUCAUCUGGAACUCAAUCUUCACCGGCACUUGAUAAUUCAAUCGAAGAUGACAAUAUCGAUAUUUUUAAGGAGAGAUGGAAUAUACCUCAUUAUAAAAGAGCGACGAAUUCUAUUUUAGGUGGAAACAAUACUAUUUUGAUGGAAAUAAGUGAUAUUGGGCAAGAAACAGAUGAAAGUUUAACGAAAUUAUGUGAUAUUUGUGGUCAUAAUGAUCAUUGUUCAUUAAGUUGUUCACAUAUUUCUGUUGAUAACACGAUGAUUGCAGUAGAUGAUCGUCAUAAAGUGAAUUCUAUAGGUAUAAAUGAUGGAUUAAAUAAGAUUUUAAUGGAAAAGGAUAUCGAGUUUAAUCAUCAAUCAGAAAAAAAUUAUGGUGAAAUUAAUGAUUGGAAUGAUCAAGUAUCUAAAUGUAUACCAGAUUAUAAAAGAUUACACACAACUAAAGUUCCUGGAAUUAUUACAGAAGAUAAUUUUAUGUUAUUAGUACAGACUUCUCAUCCUCCGGAAAAAAAAAUUUCUCGUUCUAAAGAAUCUUUAGUUGAUAAUGAGAUAAAUUUAAGCUCAUCAAGUAACAGUAGUAAUAGUAGUAGUACAGAUAUGGGACAACAAAACAAUGAAAGACCACAACAAUCAUCAAAAUCACAUAAAAUUAUUUCAACAAAAUUAUUUCAAUUACCACCUUCUAUGAGUCCUCAACCAAGAACUUCGCCACCACCAGGAGUGAGAAGAACUUCAUUUGCAACAAGAUCAAAAACAUCAUCUUCAGAUAGUGGCGGAUCAUCUGGUUACGGGUCAUCAUCAUCACCAUAUUCAAACAAUUUUUCGGAACCAUCAUCUUCAGAAACUUCAAGGGAUAAUUCAUAUUUAUUAAAAAACAAUACUUUACUUCAAUUAUCAAGAUCUAAUAAUACAAAUUCAAAAUGUUCCCAAUAUGAUGAGAUUCAAGAUAUGGAACUCGACUCUCUUUCAUCGGAUUCAUCUGAUCCUUCUCCUUUUAUAAAUAUUGAUGCCGAUGAGGAUGAAGAAUUAGAAGUUAAAGACAAUGAAAAUAAUAAAUGUCGUAAGAAUCGUGUUGAAGAAAGUGUAUUGGGGAUGAAUUUAAGAUUACAAGAUGCUGCAAUUGAAGAACGUAGAAAAUUAGCCGAUAAGGCUGCUCCUCAAGAACAACGUACUAUGGUAAGUAAAGUUUCAUCAGUCAAAAAUAUUAUAUUCUGUUCAUUUUUCUGGAUAAUUAUAAUAAUUAUAAUUGUAUGAAACGAGAACAAAAAAAUAUACUAAAAUUUUUUUCUAAAAAAAAAAAUUUAG